GUUUAAGUUCAACUGAGAGCCGCACACUAGCCAAGCCGGGACAUGCCGUCGCGCUCUCUAUCCAUGCAGCUUUUGUUCUUCGCGAUAAUCACGACUUCAUAAUCCACCACCAACCUCCAAACUCCAAACUCCAAAACCAUGCCUCUCCUUUUCCCUGGCGACACGGUCGCCGACCUCCCGGCGCCACAGAAAGCUAACGCCACCCUCAAGCUUGGACCUGGCCUCAUCCAUACUCCGCCCACCACCAUCACCGCUCACAAAGCUGGUGAACUGGUAGUUGAUGCCCGGAAACAUGCGUUGUGGAUAGAAAGCAACUCCCGCCGCUAUAUUCCUUACCCCCAAGAUGCCGUCGUAGCAACUAUCCUUCGCUCCUCGGCCGACGCUUACAUCUGCGCCAUUCCCUCCUCCACCUCGCCCGCACCUUCCAGCGUACAGGCUACGCUUCCGCACCUCGCUUUCCCCAACGCUACGAAAAAGACACGCCCCAUUUUCCACCCCGGCGCGACGGUGUAUGCGCGCAUCUCACUGGCAAACAAACACAUGGACCCCGAGCUGGAAUGCUACGAUGCCGAGACGGGGAAGGGAUCUGGUUUCGGAGAGUUAAAGGGAGGGAUGAUUUUUUCCAUCAGCCUUGGACUUGCCAGGCGGCUGCUGGGCGACGGAAAAAAGAUGCUGCAGGCUGCCACGAGGGCGGGCGAGAAAUGGGAAGGUGGCAGUGGCGUCGAGCUGCUGGAAGAGCUGGGAAAGAGUAUAGCGUUCGAGUGUGCUAUCGGGAGAAACGGGAAGGCGUGGGUUGACUCGGGGGAUGUCGCGACGACGUUGAUGAUUGGAAGGUGCUUGAUGGCGAGUGAAGGCCUUACCGCCGAGGAAGUGAGGACGAUGGUGAGGGCGGAAUUGAAAAAGACUCAAGGUUGAGGGCAGAGAUAUCAUCAUGAGGAAGACCGUUGCGAGGUGAUCGUAGCUGGGAUCCGUAAAUACCAUUAACGAACAUUCCCCGGAGCUAGACAUCUUUCAGCUAGGCCGAAUUUCGUUGGCCAAACAUUUCACGUCGAAAUACUCAAGAAUUGAAUUUGCUGUCAUUGACAAACGAUAUUACAUGUACCUAAAGUACCUGGGUUUUCCAUCUGUGCUUACGAGCUAUGGCC